UUAUUUUCAAAAUAUAUCGUAAAUAUACCGAUGAAAUACAACGUACGCAAGAUUGCGCACGAUCGCGCACACACACGCCAUCCCGCUCGCACUCAAGGCGUCGCCGGCCUACAAUACAUGUCAAAGUCUGUUUAGUAGCAAAACAGAAGCAGCGCUAAAAGGCAAAAUAAAUCUGACAAAAUUAGCCUUAUGUCGCGAUAAUACAUAUAGAUAUAAGUAAUAUAUAGAAACGACAGACGCGCGAGACUCUGUGGAAGAUAUUACCUUGUUGACGUAUUCGGCGGUAGUUACUUAAUAGAAUACGGCCACAGAAAUGGAGUCCAAUAAAGCCUAUUUGCGGGAGAAGUACCAGGGCUUAUGUAAUUACUUGGAACGCGAUACGUUGGGCAGUGAGUUGGUCAUUUACGGAACCUCGGCUCUGAUGCUGGCGGUGGCCUACGCCAAGCGGAAACCUGCCUAUCUGGUGCGCCAGUUCAAGCAGCCGUCGCACAUCCCCGAGCGCAUCAUCAACGAGCGCAUUAUGCACACGGGCAAGAUCAGCGGCGUGCAGCAGCGGGAUCAGGACACAUUGUUGAUGAUCAAGCACCGCCCGCUCAUACCCAUCUUUACUAGCAGCACGCGCCUGCUCCCGGUGAAGCUUCCAGGCGUCAGCGUCAACGCCAAUGGCUUUUCCUGGCUGCAGCAGUGCCUCGUGGGACGGGAGGCCACCUUCAUCCCACUGAACAAGGGCGGAAAGAAGGACUACAUUGUGUGCCAGCUCUGUCUGGUCCAUCCGCCCAAGGGCAACCGAUUGCUGGAUGUCUCCGAGACGCUGCUCAAGCUGCGCUUUGCAAAGUUCGCUCAGGAUUUGGCCUCCGGGGUGAAGCGCAACGGCAAAUACUACAAGCACCUAAAGCGGGUCGAGGAGACCACCGCCGAGAAGGAAGCCUGGCUGUCCUGGGCGGCACGCUAUCCCUAUAUCUGGCGGCGCUACAACGAGCUGAAGGCCUGGCUCCUGCCCAAGGAGAAGCUGCUGCCCGAGCUGGUUCGCUAAUCCCGCACGGUGUCGGGAUCUCAAUACUGACCGAGCGUAUUGUUAACAUAUGUAGUUCUAAGUUCCAAGGCCGUUGACGAAACGAAAUGAAACUGAAAAUCCGAUCCGAUUCCCAACCGCACUCCAGACCGUACGAGUACGUGUACGUGAUUGCGUGCUAAUUUUCCCACUCAAAUCGAAUCAAAAUGCUGGCAUUUUUUUAAAUAAACAAAAUAUUGAAUUUGUUUUGGAUGACAUCAGUGCGUGGCUGUGUGUGCGCGACCCUGCAUUUGUGUGCCGCUGCUUCCCAAAUAAAACGAUAAAAUACUUAAUGCUA